CUGCCGUGGAAUCUGCAUACUUGGGCCGGUCGCUCGUGCCGUGGUGAGAUCGCGCGCGCGUUUCGCCAUCAUCACCGCAUGGUAGGCGAUAUACCAGAUAGAUGUUAGUAGGUACGAGCAAGUACAGGAUAGUGUAGCACCACGUCGUAGUCCUCUCGUCCGUUCGUUGGGUGCGUUUGGCGCGUGCUGUUGCAACCGGCGACGCGACCGGCAAUUUGGACAAGGGCGGCCGGAGACCUGUGGUUUUGUGCUGCUCGGUAUCUAUUUACCGGUCGGGAAUGAGCAAACAGCCAGUCCGUGCGUUUGUUUGUGCGGAGAUUGCAAGAUAUUGUAGUGUAAUGUUUAGAAUCGCAUUUUAAGGAGAUAAUUGGAUUAACUUGGUGGCUUUCGCUUUUGGGGAAUUGCGGUCAUAGCUUGUGCGGUGACAUGUUCAAGGGAAAACAGUGUAUGCCUGACAGUGAAAUAGUGUACGAAUUUGAGUUUGUGUUUUCGAAAGUGAAUGGCAUCGUGACUCAGAAGUGAAGGCCAAUAAAUGAUAGCACCCACCUCGGUCGCCACCCAGCCGGCCAGAGCAAUCAGCAACGGUCGCAUGGCAAUUUUCCUAGUGACAAACUUUAGCCACACCAGUACUCUCGCAGCGCAACACCGUUCAGCAUUAUCGUCGGUAGAGUUCAUCGUCAACAGUUGGAAGUCGCAUUGCAAUAUCAUCGUCGUCCCUUUUCAAAGUAGACAAGCCACCACCGCAUCGAUGGAGACCCAUGGUGGCUAGAGGUGAUGUUUGCGCUUCGGUCGUAUAUUGUUUCGGUCUGAGGUUCGAUCGGUGCAAGGCGUGUCAAACGUGGUGGAAGAGAAAAAAACGCUAAAAUAUGUAAACAAAAUAAAAACUGAAUGUGAAAACGAACAGCAAGCAGUUACAACGACUUGCGACGGCCAGCGGCAGUUCGGUUCGGUUCAGUGAAAUGUGCCUACCUGCCUUAAGCACUGCAGAAUUUUCGAACCGCGCUGCUGUCGCGCGUGCCGAAUUGCGCGUGCUCCUACUAACCGUCGUCGUAUCUUAACUUCCUCGCGCGCCCGCAGGCGGAGUCUGCCUGGGUUCGCUACAAGCACGUUCGUAGUUGGAAUCAGUUUCGAUUAGAGUAGAGGUGCGACAACACUUUUUGUUAGGUUUUUUCCCCGAUGUUGUAACGAGACUUUGUGGGAGGCGGGCGAUUUGUGAAGAACUACUCUACGUCAGCGGUUUUAGUGAUUGUUAGCAAACAAAUAUGUUUAAAAAAGGUGAUCGAAAUUAUCUCCUGGGUCAUCAUCCAGUGUAGCAAGUGUAGAUAGUGAAAGCAAAACUUUUAUGAGAGUGGAAUAGUAUCAGUCGAAAAGAUAGAUAAAAUGAAAGAAUUUACCAACAUGGAUGGCAGUGACUUCGGCGCCGGUGACAGUGGCAGCAGCAGCAGCAGGGAAGACAGCGGUGACGGAUUUCACCUUUCGACGGAUAGCAACGAAUCCGCCGAGGUACGAUGCCUUAUGCAGUGGCAAUCGGAAGGACUGCUGACGGAUGCUGCUUGCCCGUCGUUCUUCGAUUCCGUGUCUUGCUGGCCCCGAACACCGCCGGCGACUCUAGCUGUGCUGCCAUGCUUUUCCGAGUUCAAAGGAGUGCAGUACGAUAGCACACAAAACGCAACCCGCUACUGUAACAUCGAUGGAACCUGGGACAAUUACACCAACUACGAUGCCUGUCAUCAUCUGGCAGCGCCAUCGACCGUAACGGAUUUCGAUCCGAUCGAGCUGCCGACUUUCAUCUACUUUGUAGGAUACACUAUUAGCUUAUGCGCGCUGGUGUUAGCCGUGACGGUGCUAAUUUACUUUAAGGAUCUACGGUGUCUCAGAAAUACCAUUCAUGUCAAUCUUUUCUUGACCUACAUAAUGUCGUCCAGUCUCUGGAUUUUGAUACUCUCUCUACAGAUGACAACGAAACAGGAACAAGCAGGGUGCAUUUUUUUAGUCACAAUAUUCCAUUACUUCAGUACAACAAACUUCUGCUGGAUGCUGGUGGAAGGUCUCUAUCUGUAUAUGUUGGUAGUGCAAACAUUUUCCGGUGAUAAUUUGCGUUUUCGGAAGUACGCCAUUAUUGGCUGGGGUGGUCCCUUGGUGUUCGUUGUAGCGUGGGCCAUCACCAAGUCCCUUUAUUCGACCGAUUCGCAUGCGGAACACCCAAACAAACUGGAAAUUGAGUGCUCUUGGAUGAGGGAAUCUCAUAUAGACUGGAUCAUUCAAGGACCCAGCUGCGCGGUGCUGAUAAUUAAUUUGCUGUUUUUGUUGCGAAUAAUGUGGGUCCUCAUCACCAAACUGCGGUCGGCCAAUACGGUGGAGACGAGGCAAUACCGGAAGGCGUCGAAGGCACUGCUGGUGCUUAUUCCGUUGCUUGGCAUUACCUAUCUGAUCGUGAUUUACGGUCCGAACGAAGGCGUCGGUAGCCACAUCUUUGCGGUCUCGAGAGCUACCCUACUGAGCACACAGGGUUUCGUUGUAUCACUACUGUAUUGCUUUUUUAACUCCGAAGUGCGGCAAACGUUGCGCCAUCAUUUCUACCGCUGGAGAGACGAAAGGAACAUCUUACGACCCGGUAAGGGCUCGAAUCACAAUCGCAGCAAAGAUUAUUCGCCCCGCUCCCGAACGGAAAGCAUACGCACCGUAGAGUACAGUGUCAUCAUGCUAAAGAGUACGGCUUCAUGAAUUUAAAAGACAUGACAACUAGCCAAACUUCGCCCGCUGGAAUCGACACAGAGGAGAAAGCUAACUUUCACCCAGCCAGUGCUUUCUUGCAGUUUAUCUUUUGACCAGAUCCUGUGAAGACACACGAUAACGUCACAAACAGUAAACAAACAGUGAAGGUACACACAAGCACAAACAAGGACAUAACUUCGGCCUGACAGGAGGGUAAUUGCGAGAACAAAUCACAAAUAAAUUACACUAAACAAAACUUGCCAAUUUAGAACUUACUCUCCCACCGUUUGAUACAAUAUGAGAAGAGCACUUUAUCGAAGUUUGUGCCAGUUUGAAUCUCUUAUCCCUGAAAAUGUGCUCGAACGAACGAAUGAAUCUCCUGCGUGCCAUAUAGUUAUAUGCAACGGAACUGAUUGCAUCGUAACUUUUUCAAAUCCACAGGAAUAGGAUAACUAAUAGCUUGUUUGAAUGUUCAACACGUUUUGAAAAUGAAUGUGAAUUUAUGUUGCUUCUGCUACCGUCGUGAAAAAGAGCGUUUACUAUUGACUAUAGAAGGUCUUGAGACUAGUUUAUUAGGCUGUCGUAAAAUAUUGAAUUCAAUUAACAUAAGGGAACGACAUGUGCAACAGAAUUACAUAAAAAGACAGUUGAUUUUCGAUUGAUUAUAGUGAAAAGCACUAUUUAUAACGAAAGAAUUUGUUAAAAUACCUGCUAGUCAGAUAGCUUAUUACUUUUAUUAAUUAAAUACAUAGGUUGAGUAAGCAUGCUAAAAACUACGGCAGAAUAGCAGCGUUUUUAUUUUGUACAAUGUACAUUUUAAUUAGAAUAUAAAAAAUAACAAAAGAGCAUUUGCCAAAGCUAUUGAUGUAUAUGAAACGCGAAGCAAAAUAAAAAUUCAUAAAUCUUUUUGUACCAUUUUCGUCAAUUUUAAA